CUGACAACUGAAUCAUCCGAUCAACCGCCCGAUCCUCCAGAGAUGCCGCUGUCGAGCCGCUACUUGGAUGAGAUAAAGGGAGAUGGAAUCGAAAUUGGUAACCUCCGCUCAUCACUUCUUCCCCAAGUGCAAGCCACUGAAGUCGGCACUGGUUGCCUCACUUCAACGACAUUCCUUUUGCGCCCUCCUGUUGACGACUCUUACGCUCUAUAUCAUCGCUUUUCAUAAUUGCCUACACUUGCGUUUACUUCCAACAUGCGCUUCUCCGCUAUUCUCGCCGUCGUUGCUCUCUCCACAACGGCUUUGCCCGUCAUGUCUCGGCCUAUGAGCUAUGUCUACGCCCGAGACUACGACAACCUCCUCGCCAGGGCCCCCGCUGGGGAACUGGAGGACCUCAUAGUGCGCGCCAUCGAGAAUGGCGAUCUCCAGGAACGUGGUCUCUUCGGUAUCGUCACCCAUUCUAUUAAAGCCGCAGCCACUGGCAUCAAGAGCUUGGUAAGAAGAAGCAACAGAAGCACAAAAAGGAUCUUGACGAGCUCGAUCUCUUCGAACGCGAGUACGACGAGUAUGAGUACUAUUAGCCUAGAGAUGAAUAGAGUCUUCAACUGCCUUUUCACGCGGGAUGCAGGACCGACCAGCGCACUUACGACGUCCAGGGAAAACGUUGCAUUGCUAGCCAGUAACUUGCAGCACAUGCAGUUCGUCUAUGGCUCGCACAUGACAAAAGAACAUGCUGGAGCGCUGAGGAUUCUAGUCAUUAUACAAGCAACUCAUGCUAGAGCAUUUCGUUCCUCGAGCGAGAAGCCACAUAGAUGCAAGUCAUGAGAAGGACGAAACAGUCUAGCGUCAGAAACCGUCUGAGCAUCUACAAUCACAUCCAGCAACCGGACAUGUCCCAUGAGAGCGCCGCCGGUCCUCA